CCUACCCAGUUGUCUGCUACUCUAUCUACAUAUAUAAAAUUCAAUAUAUUCUUCAGUAUCCCAACCCUUUCCAUCCAAUCAUCCCUCUCUUCCCAUCUUCAAACAUGGCUCUGCCCCGUCUUCGUUUUAACAAACCAAUUUUGAUCACAGCUCUCAUCCUACUUAUUCUUGCACUCACCACAAACUUGUACACGAAUUUCUCCCCAGCCCUUGUCUCACUCACCCUUGUGCCACUUGCUCUCUAUUUCAUUCUUUUCAAGUCUUCCACUGCCCUCCCUCCAGGCCCUCUCUCUGUUCCAAUAUUUGGAAAUUGGCUCCAAGUUGGGAAUGACCUCAACCACCGCCUUCUAGCUUCCAUGGCACAAACUUAUGGCCCUGUAUUCCUCCUUACACUUGGCUCUAAAAAUCUGGCAGUGGUAUCAGACCCUGAGCUAGCAACCCAGGUGCUACACACACAGGGCGUGGAAUUCGGUUCGAGGCCACGCAACGUUGUUUUCGACAUUUUCACUGGCAAUGGACAGGACAUGGUGUUCACAGUUUACGGCGAUCAUUGGCGCAAAAUGCGCAGAAUUAUGACGUUGCCUUUUUUCACUAACAAAGUUGUGCACCAUUACAGUAAUAUGUGGGAAGAAGAAAUGGAGCUGGUCGUUAAUGACCUGAAGAAAGAUGAGAAAGUGAAGAGCGAAGGGAUUGUUAUCAGAAAACGUUUGCAGCUGAUGCUUUAUAAUAUCAUGUACAGGAUGAUGUUUGAUGCCAAGUUUGACUCUCAGGAAGAUCCACUAUUCAUUGAGGCAACCAGAUUCAACUCGGAGAGAAGCCGCUUGGCUCAGAGUUUUGAGUACAAUUAUGGUGACUUCAUUCCAUUGCUCAGACCAUUCUUAAGAGGGUACUUGAACAAAUGCAGGGAUUUGCAGCGCAGGAGGCUCGCCUUUUUCAACAACUAUUAUGUUGAGAAAAGAAGGGAAAUAAUGGCUGCUAACGGGGAGAAGCACAAGAUCAGCUGCGCUAUUGAUCACAUCAUAGAUGCUCAAAUGAAGGGAGAGAUCAAUGAAGAAAAUGUGCUCUACAUUGUGGAAAAUAUCAAUGUAGCAGCAAUUGAAACCACUCUCUGGUCGAUGGAGUGGUCUAUAGCUGAGCUGGUGAACCAUCCGAUUGUUCAGCACAAGAUUCGCCAAGAAAUCUCACAGGUCCUGAAAGGAGAGCCGGUCACUGAAUCAAACCUCCACGAGUUGCCAUACUUGCAAGCCACAGUAAAAGAGACAUUAAGGUUACACACCCCAAUCCCGUUGUUGGUGCCCCACAUGAACCUUGAUGAAGCCAAGCUUGGAGGGUUCACCAUUCCUAAGGAGUCCAAGGUGGUAGUCAAUGCCUGGUGGUUAGCCAACAAUCCCAAAUGGUGGAAAAAUCCAGAGGAAUUCAGGCCAGAGCGAUUCUUGGAAGAAGAAUGUGGCACAGAUGCCAUUGCUGGUGGGAAAGUUGAUUUUAGGUACUUGCCAUUCGGAAUGGGCAGGCGUAGCUGCCCCGGAAUCAUACUUGCACUGCCAAUCCUGGGGCUUAUCAUUGCCAAAUUGGUUACAAAUUUUGAACUGAAACCCCCCCUAGGAACAAACAAGAUUGAUGUGAGUGAAAAAGGAGGGCAAUUCAGUUUGCACAUAGCAAACCAUUCAACGGUUGCUUUCAGCCCGAUCAUGUUAUGAUUGAAUGUUGGCAGCUAAUUUUUCUUUUUCAAAUUAUAUUACUGCAACUAUUGAACAAAGAAAAGUUUCUCAAAAAGGGGCGUGUGGUACACCAGUGGGAAGCACUUACCAUAUUGUAUUUAUUUGUUCAUUUCUAGCUCAAGUUUAGUUCUCCUGUAACAUUACUUUUGUUCAUGUUUUUUUGGACAAGAGAUUAAAGAAAUAAGUGUUUGAAUUUAUAUAAUCUUAGAUUAAAAUUUAAACCUUUUCUUGGUACAGUAUUGAUGUUCAAUGAAUUAUAUUCAAUGAGAGGAAACAAGAAACA